UCUUUACAUUGCCUUGUUUAUGUCCUUUGCAAUUACAUACCUGUAAUUUUAAUACAUAUUCAGAAAAAUAUUAGUGGAUAUUUUUGCGAAUUAAAUCUUUAAUACCUAGAUUAAUAAAAGAAGUUACUUAACACACGUGCCCAAUCCGUGUAUGCAUACUAAAAUCAGAACGUAGUUUUCAAUUAAUUACAUUAAAUCAAAAAAUCAUAAUGAUGAAAAAAAUUGUUGACUUUAUUAAUUAUUGGUGUUUUCGUUAUCAAUUAGUAACUGAAUUGUACAUGGUCGAAAAGUGGGAAAGGAUAACCAUUCAUGUGAUAUUUUUUGCAAUAUUUUUAUUAUUCUGGAUAUUUAAUUACACAUUGUUGCUGCCUCUAACUGAAAGGAUUUUUGGAUUCAAAUCACAAAAUUAAAUAAUUGAAGGAUCAAUAAUGUUGCAUCUGAAGAUCAAUAAUAUUAACAUUAUUGAAAGAUCUAUAAUGUUAAUGUUAUCUUUAAUUAGGAUCGUUCUGUUAUCUUUAAAUCAUUUCUUUAACGCAAAUAAGCUAAAUACUUAUUUCUAUUCUGUAAGAUGGUUCCAUUUUAGUAAAGCGAUGAUAACAAAUUAAAAAAACAUCUAUUCAAAUAAAUUUUAGUUAAAAAUUAACAAAUAUUUGUAUAGCUUUUUGAUAUUAAAUUAAGAUUACAAAAAAUUUUUUUCAAAAUUAAAUUGAAAAUCAGUAUUACGUAUGUGUUUAUGUACUAUCCAUUCUGUAAACAUACACAUGUGUGUUGGUACUAAAAACUAUAUUUUCUUGUUAAUACAAAAUUUAGAUUUAUGUAUUUAUUUGCUAGUUGUUUCUACUCUUUUAGCAAAAUUUUAGUGUCUUAUAUAUUAAUAAAUUAUUUUGUUUUUUUUCUAAGUUAAAAUAUUUUAAGCUUUUUAAGGUUUUACACUUAAGUCAAAACAUUUUCUUGUAAGAGUACGUAACAUAGGAAUUUAGGUAUAUACAUAUUAUAUUCUGUACACAAGACAGAAUCUUGUGAGCGUACACUUAAAUGUUAAGAAAGAAUUUCAUAUUUUAUACAUAUUUCUUAAGAACUGGAAGUUUUGACAAAAUUUGAAAGCUUCUAUACCGGCCUAUAUUAAAAAAAAUUACGGUUGUGGGAAUUAGAGUUUUUUCAAAUAGCAUAAGAAAAAUUUAACUGUUUUUAAAUUGCAUUAAUAGUUUUCAGAAUUGUAAUCUCCAACUAUUUCACGAUAAAUUUUAAUUUCUUCAUAUGAUAUGUUAGUGAUUAAUUAUGUGUAUAGAUAAACAUAUUGCUGCAAUUUUCGCCAUAACAUGUAAUACCAAAAUGCAGGUCAGAAUACCAUACAUUCUACGUAAAAAAACGAUAGGUUAGUAACGUCUGAUUAGAACAAAUGGUGUUUAGUGAAAAACUUCAGGAAAAUAAUUCUUUUUAUAUUUUGAGUUUGUUUUUAAAUAUCUCUGAAACUAAGAAUAUUUCACAUCAAUUGAAAAGAGUACAAAGACUAAUUUGGUUAUCUCUAGGUGUGCAAAAUAUCGCUAGGUGUUUUUUUGUUUAUCAACGCAUUCUAUCACCUUGCUUCGGAGGUGCCGUAGCAUCUUGGGUACUAUCUAUAUAUGUGCAUACAUUUUAUACUAUUAUAUGUUUAUCGUCGGAUGUAAAUUAACUGACUUCUAUCUACAGUUAAUGUCUUUAUAUCAAACCCAGAUCCCAAUAUUCAAUUUUUCUUAUUUUUCUGAUCGUGGCAUAUUUCGUA